AUGUCGAAUUCUGUAGACCGAGCGGAAACUCACAAGACAAAAGGAAACAUUCAUUUCGGUAAAAAGGAUUAUGAUAGUGCUAUAAAGGAUUAUUCAGAAGCUAUCGCUCAGAAUCCAAGGAAUGCAGUUUAUUAUACAAACCGCGCAUUAUGCUACUUGAAGUUAAAUAAGUACGAUAAUGUGAUAUCGGAUUGUGAGACUGCUAUCAGCAUUGAUGCGAAUUCAGUUAAAGGACAUUAUAUGAUAGGACAAGCAUUAACGGAGAAAGAAGAAUUUGGUUUGGCAAUUUCACAUUUACAGAAGGCAUAUGAUCAUGCUAUCAUUGAUAAAGUAGCAUUUUCUGCAGAGAUUAUUCAAGCUUUAUUGAAUGCAAGAAAGAAAAAAUGGGAAGUCGAGAAUCAACGACGACAAAAGAGUGAAUCUGAAACAUUGAAAUAUAUCAAAGGAUUAAUUAAUGCAGAAAGAGAGAAACAACUUCAAAAGGUUACUCAAAGUAAAGGUUCGAUUGGUUCCACAUUUUCUAAAUUAGUUAAUUCACAUCCAAUGGAAAUUCAAGAUAAAAUAAAUCAAAUUAACCGUGCACAUGAUGAAAGGCUUUCUCAAAUCGAACAAGUUUUUGUUCAAUCGGAAGAAAACCUUCGUCAAGGAGAAAUUCCUGAAUAUUUUCUGGAUAAAAUAUCUUUCAAUGUUAUGCAUGAUCCGGUUAUUACGCCAUCGGGGAUUACCUAUGAGAGAACUCAUUUGAAAGAACAUUUCAAAAAAAUCGGAUAUUUUGAUCCGUUAUCAAGACGUGAAUGUAGGGAGAAUGAUUUGUAUCCUAACUUGGCGCUUAAAGAAGCAAUUGAAGAUUAUCUAAACAAAAAUGGUUGGGCGGCCGAUUAUUAA